AUGUCUAAUAUCUUAACAGUAAAGCCACCAUUAUCAGAUCAACCGAAAUCGGGUCCUAUUUCUGGUGAUGUUUUUCUUAUUAGUCAACAUGAAGUUGACGUCCAGGUUAAGGAUAGCAAGGAUGGCAAAUGCAAGGAAUUUGAGAUCAACCUUAUCGGUUUUAUUGCUUUGAAGGGAAAGGCGUGUCUUGAACCACCUUCAAUUAAAGUUUGUGUAAAUGCUUUUGGCUUUGAUCUCGGAUGUAUCCAAGGAGAUCUCGGUAAAGGAGUCACUUUAAGCGUAAACUUGUUGUUGAUAAAAGGGUACCUUAGAUUUUAUCUGAAAGAAAAAGAAAAACAAAAAUGCGUAUGGUUGGAAUAUGAUCUUACUCUCACUAUUGGUGACAUUAAUUAUCAUGGUGAU